CUCUUCUUCGCUCGCACGACUCCCCCGGAGUCUUCUUCGCUCGCUGGUCUUCUCGUCUCGCCACACCACGCUCUCGGCAAGGAGCGGCUGCGACACAGCAGGCGAGAGAAGGCGGCGCGGCAAGCGGCCCAGGAGAUCUGCGCGGCGGGCAAGAUGUUUGACGACCAAGACCUGGGCUUCUUUGCCAAUUUCCUGGGCAUCUUCAUCUUUGUCUUGGUUAUUGCCUACCACUUCGUGAUGGCAGACCCGAAGUACGAAGGAAACUGAUGCCCUUAUGUUGCGCAAGGAGAUCUUACGAUCUGCAGACACAAAUUGGGCAAUACUAUUUAGUUAAUGAUAGCGAGCUCAUUUGACAUUUGUUGAGUGCAUAUCGUGAAAGCUGGACAUGCAGCUCCUGGCAUUUUGACUUCACCCGUGUCUUAACCUUAUGAAUUAGUAAAUCCCGAAGUUUUCUAAAGAUUAUUCGAGGCCUGCCAUUGGUUUGUUGUUUGC